CAGGAUGAAAUUCUGUGGCUACAAAGGCAGCUGACGCAAUUUUUAAAAAUUUCCUGAUUAUAGUUCCUAGUUAUAGUUCCUCUCCAUAGCUCCUCCUUUCAUUUUCAAAUAUAUGGUUCAACAAGAUGGCAACCCCAAACAGAAUUAUCACCCUUAUCACUCUGGAAUUCAACCUGAUCCUACUGUACAUUGGCUUUACCCAAACAUGUAUUGUUCAGAUAGCACAGCCUUCCCUUCUAGAAGCUGACAAUACUUAUAAGAUUAUUACUAUACCAUGUGAUUUCUCUGCUACUAACUGCCCUAUCUCCCAGCCUGAAGUUCUGUGGUUUCGCCAAAAAGCUGAAGACCAACCCGAACGUUUAUGUCCAAAAGAUCAGUGCCUAGAUGAGGUAGGCAAAUUUACAACUAAAUCACAGAUUCCUCAUCAAGCUUUUCUUACUCUCAACGAAGUAGAUGUAAGUGACAGUGCAAUUUACUUCUGUGGAAUAGCAUUUUCAGAUUCAACUGAACCAAAAUCUAAGCAAACUGGGCCAGGAACAACACUAGUGGUAAGAAACGAAAAGCUUCUCAGCCACAAAGGAGAGAAUAUCCUGAUAGCCUUCUUAUCCCUGCUAUCUUUUUAUAUUGCUAUUCUAAGUGUGAUCUUCAUAAUCAUCUCCAAAUUAAAAUUGGAAACACCAAAUAAAACAGGAACUGAUAAAGCACCACAGAAGAAGAGGAGUGCUCGACGUAUUUUUCAAGAAAUUGCGCAAGAACUAUAUCAUAGGAGAUAUGUAGAAACAAAACAACAAGAGAGAGAUGACUACAUCUAUGAAAACAGAAGAGCACAUUCCAACUUUGAAAGAUCAUAGGGAAAAAAAAGGAAGAAUUUAUGACCAAACAAGAGAUAAGAGAACAUUACAAGACAUUAAAGAGAUUUUACACAAACAAAACCAAUGCAACUAAAAUUACAAGGAAAUCAGAAAGCUGGGAAACAAUUUUUAUAGCAAGUGUCUCCAAUAAAGGUAUCUUUUUUUUAAAUAUAGAGAAAACCAAGUCAAACUGAUAAAAAUACAAGUCAUUCUCCAAUUGUAAACGAUCAAAGGAUAUGAAACAGGUAGGUUUUAGACAAAGAAAUCAAAGCUAGUAUCUAAAAUCAUAUAAAAAUGCUCUAAAUCACUUUUGAUUAGAAAAAUGCAAAUUAAAACAAUUCUGAGAUACCACCUUACACGUAUCACAUUGGCUAAAAUGACAGAAAAAACAAAUGAUGAAUGUUGGAGAGGAUGUGGGAAAAUUGGAAUACUAAUAAGCUAUUGGUAUAUUUGUGAACUGAUCCAACCAUCUUGGAAAACUCAAUUUCAAAUUCUAACUUUAAUUCAUACAUAUUAGUUCGACUGUGAGUAGGGCAUUAAUUGAUUUCUCUGUGCCUCAGGUAGCUGUUGCUACUUCAGGAAAGUUGCUAACUUGCAUUCUCUAUACCAAUGAAAUCAUAGGAUCAAAUGUCCUUCUACCUACCCUGGUACCUACUAUAAUUUCUAAGGAAGGCUCAUCUGAGCCAGAAUGGAAAUCAUCUCUCCAUAUAAUUAUGGUAAGCACAUAGUAAGUUUUGUCUCUAUUGAGGGCAAAAAGAAACAAAGCUUCUGGCAUACUAAGAUUUGAGUAAAUAAAAUAUAUCUUGAAAAAAGAAGCAAUGCCACACAUAUAUAUUAGCUCAUUCUACAUAACAUCACUUUAAGUUAAACCCAUCGUUUUGCAUAAUACAGCAUUAGGGUAACAGUGUAGAACUUAUUCAUUUAUCAAGCCAACACACAUCACUUCCAUGAAUUUUGCAACAGAGUAGAAUAUAGGAUCACACAUUCCAAUGCUGUGUCUACAGCAUUUAAAUGACUACAAUAGAUUUCUGAAAGCUCCUCUUGGAAUAAAAAACCUGUGACUUGACUUCUUCAACUCUAGGUGUCACCGUAGCAUCAUGCCAUAACAAAAAGAGAUUCUACCUGUUUACCAUUAGUAGGUUUAAAAAUCAGAAAAGACAAGAAAAAUAUUUAUUGUAUUAAUGAGCAUUUCAGCAAUGAACAGUGAGGUUUUUCCUUUGAAUGUUAUUUCAGUUUACAAAGAAUUAUCUUUUAGAAACACAAAAGCUUUGCAAGAAUUGAGCCCUCAUUAUUUAAACUGUAAUGAAAAAUUUACCAUGUACUUUCUUUGAAUGUUUCUUUUAAACUAAGUUAAUUUUCCCCCUUGUUUAUUCGUAAACUGAUAUCCUGUCUUAUGCAAUUUUAAAAUACUGUGAAUUCUAGUGGAAAUCUAAACUUAAUAGUGUGGGAGAACAAUAUCACAUCUAUUUAAACAAGUUAAAGAAGAUUUAUUAACAUAGCACAAGCUCGCUGAGCAAAAAAGGAAGCCAAGUUCAUUUAUUUUACAAUAUACCUUUCUAGAAGUUAUUUAUAACGUUUUCUCUUUAUUCACAUGUUGAUUAGAAGACUAAGUUCCUAUAGUAAAAUGGCACUUGAUUUAGAAUAUGAAAAUCUCCAACUACGAAACUGUCUUCUUAAUCUUACGGGUUUUUUUUCCCCCAACAGAAGCCAACACUACACUAGUACCACUGCUAUUGGUGGAGAUGGUCCUAAUUUAAUGUCUCUUUGCCUUAAGUCUGUCCCCUCUCUCCAAAUUCGCCUUCAUAGAUCACAUUACUACAGAGAAACUUUUGUGGCUCCCUAGAGACUCUUAACAUCUUUUAAAUAUAAACUUCACUUUGGCACUUAAAAGACCUCACACCCCGGUCCUAGCUAUCCUCCUAACCUCAUACAGUAUGUGCUCUCCAACAUAGCUCAGGCAGUCAAGCAGGCCUUCUCAGCUCCUCACGAGAUCCUCCAUUUCCUGAAUCUGUAACACUCCCUUGGGUCUUUACCUGGAAUGCAUUCCCUGCUCAGCUUCACCCACAAGACUCAGCUGAGGCACAGUGGAUAGAGCAUCAGUGUAGGGGUCAGGAGAACCCCAGUUCAGACCUGCCCUCAGACAUGGAACCCUUACUAGCUGUGUGAACCUUACACAAGUUACUUAACCCCCAACUGUCUUGCUUACAAAACAAAACAAAACAAAAAACUUAGCUGAGGCAUAUACAUAAAGUCUUUCUCAAUCACCUUUCCUUCCCUCAUAAAAAUCACCUUCAAUUUGUUCUUGUAUGUUUAUAUUUAUCUAUAAUGUCUCCCCAGAGAUAAUGCAAACUCCUUGAGGAGAGGGACAUUUCAUCUUUGUCUCUGCAUUCCCAGCAACGAGCACAAAGCCUGGGACAUAGGAGCCACUUAAUAAAUGCUUGCAGAUUACUCGACUGAAUAGGCUUCCAGGACAGCAAUGAAAGCCUGCUUAUCCUUUAACAUCCCUGAAGUGUAUUACAAAUAAUGCUCUACAACUCAGUCCCCAUAUAUAAUGUUUCUAUUCAGUUUCCACUCUGAGAUGUCAAAGACCUAAAAGUCCUGGUAAAGGAAGUAAAAACUCCCCUUUCCUUCGAGCCCUGGGGACCUCAGGCUCCCAGCUCAGGCUUUAGUAGGGACUCUGUGUGAGGAUGAGGAAAUCAUCUCCCCCACCCCCCUCUUCCCUUCUCAUUCCCCUUCAUGAAACCUUGUUCCUGAUGAGACAAAGCUGGGGGGGGAGAGAGUGAGAGAAUGGAAGAAGCAAUAGCAGAGUGUCUGUAGGCAUAGAAGCAUCCUCUCUCCUCUCUUAUGUUCCUCCAUGCACUCUUUUCUCCUACAUUGGUUGUGAGACAAUAAAGUUCUGGAGGGAGGGAGGGAAGGAGGGAGGGAAAAAGAGGAAAGGAGACAAGAACUUUGGGGAACAAGGGAUGCCAGGAAGCCAGUAGCAACUAAGAGGAAAGGAAAAGGAGUAUCUAUUGCCAUUCAUGUAUAAAGUCCAAGCUGGAUAUCACCUGCAAACAUUUUUCUCUUUUUGAAAAUCUUAGGAGUCCUAAUGAAUAUAUCUGAAAUAAGUUCAUUUGGAAUUUACACAUCCCCUAUGUGAAUUUGGCUAUUUUACCAAUUAGUACUCAUGACAUAAAAUAGAAAUAACACUGGAAAUGAGUAAGCAGGGGAAAGACAGAGGAAGACAAAUGAAGAAGAAAGAAUAUCCUAGCUGCACCAACAUGUAGAGCACCUAAUAACAUUCAAAUGCUCAAAAUGUCAGGAAACAUGGGAGGAAACGUAUUAUUAACCAACAUGCAUUUAUUAAGUGCUACUCUGUGCCAUGCAUUGCACCAGAUGAUGAUACAAAGACAAAAAUGAAAUAGUCUUUAUCCUCAAGGAACUUGCAUAUAAUAUAAAGAAAAGAAUACUGAUCUGGAAGAACCCUGGGUUCCAGUCAGCUCCUUCAUGUGACUUUGAGCUAAUCAUUUCAAUUCUGCUUCCUGAGAUGUUAAAUGAUUAAUUUCUAAGGCCCCUUAUAGCUCUAAAAAAUUUUAAUCCUAAUUACUAUCUGUACUGUUUGAUGAGCUUUCCUAACAUGUACUAAAAAAAAUCUGAUGAAAAAUCAUCAGAUGUUGAAUCACUAAAUUCAAAUGUUUAAUGAAUGGGACUGAAACAAUGAUAAAUCUUUUUGUUGCUAUUUUUAACAUAUUUAAGUAUACUAACAAGUAAUUCAGUUAGAAAUGGCAUAUAUAAUCAAGACCACAAGAAAGUCAAGGAAAUUACAUAAAGUAUUGAUCCCAUUGGACUAAUAUGAUGCUCAUAUUUUUUCAUUUCACUUUUUUUUUCUUACUAAGAUAAAUAUAUAGAUAGAUAUGCAGAUCUAUCUAUAUAUUUAAAGAAAAAAAUCUGGAAAAAGAACUACAAAACUCAAAACAAAAGACCUCUCUGUUGUUUAAUAACAUUUUUAAUCAAAAUGUGUCAACUGAUCCAACAACCCAGCAUUACAAGUGAAUGGGAUAAACUGAGUGAAGACAUCUCAUAGGAAUGUGGCCUUAAACUAUACCCUAAAUUGUGACUUGAAACUCUGCAAUAAAUUCAGCUAUAGCUAAAAAGCCA